AUGAAGGUCUCCGUCGCUGCUUCCAUCUUGGCUUUCGCCGCCACCACAAUGGCUGGCCCUUCUGCCGUAUCCCCAAGGAACUUCUUCAGCAUGACCAGGCGUUCCGCCCUUCCUAUUCCAAAAUCCGCCGGCACCGAAACUCUCAAAGAGCCCAGGCGUGUUUCUGGAACUUUUGAUGGUGGAAUGAAGACUUAUGGUCGUGGCGUCCGUUGCUCUGGUCAAGCCGAGGGUGGUAAUAAAGAUGCUGUUUUCCUAAUUGAGAACGGUGGUACCCUCAAGAACGCGAUCAUUGGUGAAGACCAGAUCGAGGGUGUCCACUGCCUUGGCAGCUGCACCAUUGAGAACGUCUGGUGGGCCAAAGUCUGCGAGGACGCUCUCACCAUCAAGGGCGACGGCGACGCAUCCAUCAUUGAUGGCGGAGCCACCGGUGCCGAAGAUAAAGUCAUCCAGCACAAUGGCGCCGGUACCGUUACCAUCGACGGCUUCACAAGCACCGACUUCUUGACCCUCUACCGCGCCUGCGGAAACUGCAGGAAGAGCGCCGCACGCCACGUCGUCAUCAAGGGCGUCAAGGCCUACGACGGUGAACGCCUCGCCGGCAUCAACAGCAACUUUGGCGACACUGCUACCAUUGACUCUUCCACUUGUGCUACGGGCGUCAAGAACAUCUGCCAGGAGUACAAGGGCGUUUCCAGGGGUAGCGAGCCAGAGUCCAUUGGUAGCGGUCCUUCCAAGGCUUGCAAGUUCUCUAACAUCAAGUCAUGCUAG